GGUAGGUAGCGUACUAUGAUUUGUGACGGAGACCGGACUUUGACCCUCUUCUCUUCCACUACUUGCGGAGGAGGUUUCGGAAGUAUGUUGCCAUGCAAAAAAGGAACACUUUAGAUCUAAAGAAAGAGGAUCCAGAGGAGGAGGCAGGAAGGUCUGAUGUUAUGGCAUCUGAAGGGGAAUACAGAUGGACAGUCUCUGCUGUGAUUGUGCUUCUGUUAGCUGUAAGCGCAGCUCACGUGACAAAUAAACCAGCUUCAUCUCUUCCUCAUCGCAAGACCUCUGUGCUGAAAAUGGAUGAGGCGGCGCUGUCGGUUUUUAAUGAAAUCAAGGAAGAGAUGUCUCUCUAUGUACAUUCUGAUCACUGUUACCAGUGUUUGCCCCAAGAGUUGGGAACAAUACCUGCAGGGCAGGGUCCUGGGACCCCGACUACUGUGGGGUUUGUUUUAGGCACUCAACACGCUCUCACAUUGCAGCUUAUCAGCACAACUGGCAAACAGGAGCUAUGCAAGUUUGACUUUCACUUUGGGGAGCAGGGGAACUAUUCUCUAUGGGUGAAGAACCUGAUUGAACCAUCGCGGGUCAGCUGUAAUCUGGUUACUGAUUCAGAGCCUGUGAACAGCUACCUGCCCAUUUUGUUUGCUUUUCUGGUUUUUGCUGGAAUGGCUGCAUUAUAUACUAUUUGGAGCACAGUUAGAAGGAUGGAUUUUGUACGCAAUUUACUUCUUCGCGUCGGAAGCACAGUGGAGACAGAGAGACUCAUAAACUCAGAACUUGGCAUUCCUAACAGAUUAGGAAUCACCGCCUCCACGGAGUCGAUAAUUCCACCGACCGCAGGACGGAGGCUUCGCUCUUUGGACACCUUUCGUGGCUUGUCUUUGGUCAUUAUGGUGUUUGUGAACUACGGCGGCGGACGUUACUGGUUCUUUAGACAUGAGAGUUGGAACGGUCUAACAGUGGCUGAUCUUGUGUUUCCUUGGUUUGUGUUCAUUAUGGGAACGUCUGUCGGCUUGUCCUUGAGCGCAUCGUUGCGCAGGGGGGUCAAACUAACUCAUCUGCUGGGGAAGAUAUUCUGGAGGGGCCUACAGCUCUUUCUCAUUGGAGUGAUCAUCAUCAAUCCCAACCAUUGCCAAGGACCCUUGUCUUGGGAUUCGUUGCGCAUUCCUGGUGUAUUACAACGCCUCGGCUUCACAUACCUCGUUGUUGCUGGAUUGGAUGCUGUGGUGGCUCAGGAGCGCCUUAUCAACCUGUCAAGUGAAACACGCUGGUACUCUCUGCAUGAUGUUUUACUCUACUGGCCGGCAUGGUUUUUUGUAAUUGCCUUGGAGAUUUUGUGGUUGUGUUUGACCUUCUUUCUUCCAGUACCAGGCUGCCCAACUGGUUAUUUGGGUCCAGGGGGGAUUGGCGACUUCGGACAGCAUCCAGAAUGUACUGGGGGAGCCGCAGGUUACAUUGAUCGCUGGCUCCUGGGAGAGAACCAUAUUUACCAGACGCCGUCAUCACGGGUUGUGUAUCAGUCUUCGGUGCCCUUUGACCCAGAAGGAGUUUUGGGGAGCAUCAACUCAAUAUUGAUGGCUUUUUUGGGUCUUCAGGCAGGGAAAAUUCUUCUGCAUUACAGGGAUCAACACAGACAAAUAAUCACAAGAUUUCUAAUAUGGGGAUUCAUCCUGGGGAUCUUAUCGGCUGUACUGACAAAGUGCUCCAGCAACAAAGGAUUUAUCCCUGUCAAUAAAAACUUAUGGUCUUUCUCCUACGUGACAACUCUGAGCUGUUUCGCUUUUGUGGUUCUCAGUAUAUUUUACUACAUGAUUGAUGUCAAGAAGUGGUGGUCGGGAGCACCAUUCUUUUACACUGGUAUGAAUUCCAUCUUGGUGUACGUGGGUCACGAGGUGUUUGAAGAGUACUUCCCCUUUCGCUGGAAGAUGUCCAACAACCAGUCACAUGCAGAGCAUCUGACACAGAACCUCCUGGCCACCUCCAUAUGGGUGUUCAUAGCCUACCUGCUCUACAGGAAGAAGAUCUUCUGGAAGAUUUAAAGGCGCAGAUUUUAAAACGGACCUGCACUUUGUCUCGUCUGGUCAUUUGGAUAUUUUUAGAUAUACAAAAUCAGCAAAUCUCUGCACAUCUGUGCCUCUAUUGCUAGACAAAACCCCACACAGGAUCCAGAAAUAGAGCUUGACAAAUAUCAAGAAGAGCAGAAGAAAGAGAACGCGGGUUGAGAUCACGUGGCAUUGCCCAGACAUCUCUGUGGACUCGGUCAGGCUCUCGAAUUAAACUGCAAAGACAGAUUUUGCUCGUUUCUAAUUCAAGCCAUGACUUUGGAUGAAUGUUUUCCAAAUUAAUAGUGUUUUAAAGAUAUGCACAAAGCAUUAUGAUUGAAUGUGGAUGUUUCUAAAGAAAUACUUGAAUGGGAAAGUUUCAGAGUCUCGGAUGAAGCUGGGAUUUAAUUAAGUUGCUUAAGCAAAAGAAAAUGAGGACAAAAACACUGUUCAAACAAACUGGGAGGUUUUCACUCAAGGUCCAACAUAUCAGCGUAAAGGAUCCACCUGACAUUACAUAGUUCUACAUUUUAAUAUCAAGAACACCUUUGGACUGUUUUAAGUUUUGACUGCCACUGUUGUUUUAUUAUCUGUAGUUUACAAUGAAAGUCUGUCAGUUAAAAGGUUGUAUGAUUCUUAGAGAGUUCUACCUUCUUAUAAACUCAGGAGAUUUGCACAGCUCGAGGUGCCAAAUAUAGCACACUUUGCAAAUACAGAUGAAACAAUAUUACAUGUUCAUUAAAGUUUACCAAUAAUGCAUCACCUCUACUACAGAAAUCAAAUUCCAGUAAAAACAUUAGCACUAAUAUAUAUUUCCCUUACCCAUUGCUGCAUGUAAUGUAUUCGUUCCAAGAGAAGGGAAAAUAUUGAGCUACAAUUUAUAUUGGCACUUUACACAAUCAAUUCCAGCUUUAUAACUAUGAAUUUUAUAGUUUCUUUUUACAAAUAUACUUGUUAUUUACGUUUUCUCAUAGAACAUUUUGUUUUAUACUUUUCAGCAUGGGACUGUUAGGAAAAUAAAACAUUUUUACUACAA